UCAUGACCGUAGUUUUUUCCGCUAAGCCUUCGACUGCGCACGCAAUUAUAGCAACACCAACACACUACACAUUAAGUAUAAUCAGUUACAAAAAUCACGAAUUAAUUACGGCUAUUACAGUGAAAUAAUACUUGUUUUUGUAUUACUUUGAGGAAUCGAAUUGAAAAGAUGGCAAUGGGAAGUUUUCCUGUUAUUUUCAUCGUGUUUCUUCUACCGCAUGUUUAUUCAGCCCCACCAUUGAUCAGCUUUGAUAACGGAAAACUGGGCGUUAACUUCGCAGGUUACCACGCAGCAGUUGGCCUUGGAGGUUUAUUAGGAAAUGGUGCAACUGGCGGUCUUUUCGCUGAAGCCGGCACUCCUCACGGUCAGUCAGCGAGGGCAGGACUAGGAGGUGCUGUAGACGCUAAUGGUGGAACGGCAGGUGGCCUUUACGCUGGAGCAACAGCGGGCGGAAACGUGAAGGCGGGCGCAGGUUUGGCCGGCGGUGUUAAUGGAGACACAUCCGCUGGUACAGGAUUUGCCGCGGCGCAAGCAGGAAACCGUUAUUCCUCAUCUACUUUGUUCCAGGCUGGCGGCAAUGCUCAGCUUUCUUCUAAUGAACCUGCAGUACAAAAUGAUAAUGUACUUCCUAGCAAAAACAUCGUUACAAAUGAAUUGAUACCACCAGUUGGUUCAUUUAAAUUAAAAAUUAAAAGUUCCGGUGUGAUAAACGAUAACGCCAAUGUACCAACUAAUGAAGAAAUCAAUGGUUUAAUCGAUGCGUCAAUUGUGGGCGAUAAUGAUUCACCUCAAAUAAUACAAAAACGAAUUGACAUUGGAAAUGAGAAUGUUAAUAAAAACUUGAAUCCACCUGCUCAGUCAGUUGAUCAGAUUACGUACAGAAAGGAAGUUAACCUUCAAAGAAAUCCAACAUUCUUUGAAGAUAUAUUUAAUAUACCUAUUGCGGCACUUACGGCUGUAAGAACCUUUUUGACAAAUACAGCCAGUAAUACUAGUGUAUCUCUGCAAAAGUCAGGCUCAAUACAAGCAGAAACAGAUUUAAUAUCACCAAAACAUGCCUCAUCAUCACUCAAAUCAUCCGACACGCAAAUCUCGGUAAAGACUCCGAAUGCGUCUCAGUUGCUUGAUGACAUAAUAGCGAUACCUAUUAAUACACUUGGAGCAGUUAAUAAAUUCUUAGAAAACAACGUUCCUGCAAGACGAAGGGUUACUAUACAAAACGGGGAUGUACCACAAGUUAUUAGGUAUCCAGGCCGACACGCAAGGAGACGGGCUUUUAAGAAAGAAAUUAUCGCUUCUCAAGAACAAAACAAUGACGAUUUGGAAAAAACAAAAUAGAUAGCGCCAGAUAGAGCUUGCUAGCAGCUAAAAAUAUUAAAACUUUGGAGUACAAAUACAAAUGUUUAAUUCUAAAGACCUGAUUUAAUACGUGGCAAUAUAAUAAAUAAGUCAAUAAACA